AUGCAUCUGACCACGAUCGACGGCGACGAAGAUCUGCGCAUCCACAACAUCUCGAUUUUGCCUUCCGAUCAGUGUGCCACAGAGGAUCAGAGAGUAAGUGAUCUUCUGAUUCAUGCACAUUUCAAAUCAACUUUCAGGCGGCGAAAUGCUGCUGCGGAGACGGCUUCUUCUUCGACUUCCCGAGGAAGAAGUGUGAGGUGAGCAACUUGAGAACUCCGUGGUUUCUAAAAUCUGAAAAAGAUAUGUCAUCCGCAGGAUUCGAACCUGCGCCCUCCGGAGAGGACUGCGACCUGAACGCAGCGCCUUAGACCACUCGGCCAGAAUGACGGUUGAAUUUGAAGGGUAGUAAAACAGUAGACACGAGAGAAAAUAGACACACAUGUACACAAUGUGAGAGUGUUGGGAAGGGGGGUAAACGCGGGGAGAGCGCGACGGCGAGGCCGCUAGUGUAUGCCCGCAAUGAAACCCCGCCGAAAUUUCUAAAUUUCCCCAGGAACACAUCCAGAAACUAAAUACUCAACUUCCAGGUGUCCGCGAACGUCGGCUUCAUGUUCGGCCGCCUCAACAACGGCUGGUCGCACAUGGCCGUCUACGGAUUCGCCUAUCCGAUGCUUCUUCUGAUGCUCGUCGCUCCGUUAUGCGCAGUUAUGUUAGGAAUGGGAAAACGAGAGAAACGGGAAGGCGACCGACGAUUUGUGAGUCUAUCCGUUCACUAAUUCAUCAAAAUGAGCAGAAAAGUUUCAGCCGAAUCCUUUGUAUCAAAUGAUCUGGCUGCUCACUUUCUGCGGAUGGCUCAGCGUGCUCUCGCCGCUCCCAUUCACCGUUUGGUACUACUUUGUGGGCGAAGGAACGAGGUGGAGAAGAGCUGAAAUGAAUUGAAGAGCAGUUGUUUCUUUUUCAGAUCAUUGAAUCAGUCCCUCGUUAUGUGCCACUUGUUUCGGACUUCGAUGGAGACGAUACCCCACAUGACGGACACAAUGAUGACGUUGUUCUCAGUUCUUCUGGCGGCCGCUCGCUUUCUGACUCAAUAUCAUCGGAACACGUUGAAGUUGAGAACAGUGGAAAGGUUCUCUCGCGCCAUCUGGAUGAUCAUUUUCGUGUGCGUCACGCUCGCCAUCCUCCGAUUCUUCGAGCACGACACGAAAGUUUAUCAGUUUUGUAUGGGUAAGAUUCAGUUUCGGAGACUUAAACGUAUGAAUACUUUUGCAGACACUGAGCCCACACCUCAAUGGGCAAGCCGGUGCAUGGUACGCGAUGGAGCACUUAUUAACAUUGUGAACCGAUCGUUUUGGAAAGUGAGUUAA